UAUAUGUGUGUGUGUGUGUGUGUGUGUGUGUGUGCGCGCGCUGUACGCACGUUUAUGCAUAGGGUUAGGGUUUGCUGGGCGUUAGGGUUAGGGUUUGAAAAAAAUUCGCCCCCCCCCACUCCAAAGUUCUGGAUCCGCUAGUGCCUACAUUAUCUAUCAAUAGACUGAAGGCAAAAUUUAAUUUAAUUAAAAGUAGUAGAUUAGUUUGAGUAUUUUAUUGUAACAUUACAAAAUUGAUCUAGACAUUUGGAAAAAAAAUCUAUACUUUAAGUCUAGAAAUUGAAAUUAUAAAUCUUGAACUUGUCUAUAUAAUUUUAAACUAGACCUGGAAAUUCUAGAUCUAGAAUCUACAAUGACUUUAAUUAGAAUAUAAAUCUAGAUCUAGUUUUAAAAAACUAGAUCUAGUGUAAAAAAAUCUAUAUCUAGUGUAAAAAUCUAGAUGUGAUCUAAAUCUAGCUAUUAUGUCUUCUUUAAUACGAGAAAUAUGACGAGUUUUAAAAAGCAUUAAUACACUGAGAUCUUUUUGCAUUUCAUUUGAAGAAUUCAAUCCAUAUGAUAUCAAAAGAAAAAAAAUCCAAUACUUCACAAGGCCUAGCUAGAAUAAAAAAUGUCAUUAUCAAUACUAUCAAGUUGUCUAGGGUUUAUAGACAUUGAUGUACAGAGUCAUUUUAGCUUUUAAUUUAAAGAAUUACCUCCAUAUGACGUCAAAGAAAAAUAUUCCAUUACGUCACAAUGGGCUAGUUACACUAAAAAUGUCUUUAUUAACAUGAGAGAGUUAACGAGGGUUUAUAGAAAAUGGUGCAACGAAUUCUAAUAUGAUUGUAUUGAAAGAUUUAUAAAUAAAAUAAAUAAAGAAUUUUAAAAAUAUCUGAUUAUUACAAAUUUUCAGAGCAUCCGGAUAGCACAAUGUGUUGCCGCUGCACGAAAUUUGUUGAAUAAAAGUUCAUAUAAAAAAUGUGCGUGAUAUUUACAUACAAAAUGCAAUCUUAGCUUUUAUAAACGAAUAUAAAUGUUUUCUAUUAAUUUUAUCAGCUAGUUGAUCAGAAAAUAAUGUUAAAUAUUUUUUGUAUUUGUUGUAAAAAUUUCUUGUACAUUUAAAAAAUAUAUUUGACUUGGUGAUACUGAAAAUACAAAAAAUAAAUUAUCUUUCCUUGUUAACAUAUUGUAACUUUACCUCCCUUAAAUGUAUGAAUUGUUUUAGAAUUGUUUUUUGUUUAAUGAAAAAUCUUGAAUAAUUAAUUUUAUAAACUAAACAGUUUGCUAUCAGAAAACUUCUUCUUCUUCUUCUUCUAGCCAGCUUUAUUGCUGCUGAGCUAUGAGCUCUUUUGCAGAAUGUGCCAAGGAAAAAAAGUGUGCUGUUUUCUUCAGUUGUUCAGUACAGCCGUACAGGGUGUUGGUUAUGUUGGGCUGUAGUGGAAGUGGGGUUUGCCUAAGGUGGAUUAGGGAGGGGCAUUCAAAGAGGAUAUGGUUUACGGUUUGAAAGGGGUGGGCGCAGUGUCUGGAAAGGGGAAGUUGUGUGGUGUUUAUUUUGUUUAUGUGGUAAUUUAAUAGUGGUGUGUGUCCUGUUCUUAGUUGGAAAAUUGUAGAUUGUUCUUUGCGGGGGAGGAAGUUAAUACUGUCUAGUUUGUUAGGCGUAGUCAUUUCUUUGUACAUGGCUCUGCCUGUGUUUCCUGAUGCUCAUUGGUUGAACCACUCCUCUUUGUGAUUGUUGACUAACAUUGACCUUAGGGUGAGGUAGUUAACAAGUCUAUCUGGUUGUUCCAUAAAUGAACCUACCUUUGAUAGCUUAUCUGCCUUUUUAUUUCCCAUGAUGCCAAUGUGUCCAGGGAUCCACUGUAGUGUGAUAUUGAUAUUUAAUUUUGAUAUCAUCUGAUGGAUUAUCACAAUGAGUAUUGUCAACUCUCUUGGGCUGUUUGAGGUGUUGCUGUUAAGUGCUUGCAGAAUCGAUUGGGAGUCUAUAAAGACAACAAUAUCUGAUGGUGGUUGCACUCUUUCAUAUAAUUUGUUUUCCACUGUCUGUAGGGCUAUGGUAAUUGCCUCAAUUUCGGCUUGGAAGUUUAAGCAGUAAUCGCCAAAGGGUGCGCUUAUCUCAAAGUGUUUAUUUUUGGGGAAACCAGGAAGGCACCAAGACCAGCAUUGAUGGUGGCUUUGAAAGACGAUGUAUAAAUAUGGAUAGCUGUUUUUUAUAGCUUCAGUGGAUUUGAUUCUUUUGUUAAGGUGUUAUUUAGUAAAUGUGUUUUGAUGGUUGGUUGUUUGUAGUUUAGUCCGGGUGUAAUGUUUGAAAAUCUGGUAAUUUUUUCUCUGUUAUUGGGUAGGUGGUGUUUUAGGGCUAGUUCGUCAGUAAGUUGGAUCAGAGUCCUUUGCUUUUUUUUUUGGUUGUUUUUCCUAUUUCUCUGUGUUAGUAAUUUAUUUGGAUGAUCGUCCUCCAACCUUCUGUAUCUCUCAAUAGCUUCUAAUGCUGCUCUGUUGCGCCUUAACUUAAGAGGUUUUAUAUUGGAGUCUAUUUCACAGGCUGCUGUGGGAGUAGUUCUCAUACCUCCAAUAAUUAGCCGCAAGGCUUGGUUUUGGAUUGUGUCUAAUGAUGAUUGAUAGGUUUUGUUGGCAGCUACUUGUAUGGAGAGACAGUUAUCCAUUACAGAUCUGACGUAUCCAGUGUGUAACUUUCUUAGGGUUUUCUUUUCAGCUCUCCAUGAUGUUCCUCCUAGGUAUUUUAGUAUGUUUAAUCUUUGUGAUGCAUUUUCUUUUAAAUCUGCUUUAAAUCUGUUUUACACCAGGAUAUGUUGUAUUUUCUUCUUUAUUUAUUGUCUGUGAGUCUAUUUUUAGGAUGUAGUUUCUUUUUGCUGUUUUGUUGUUGUGGCUAAAGAUUGAAUAAACUGACUUUUCUUUGUUUAUUUCCAUUCUCCAUAAUUUUGAAUUCGUGGAGAUAGUUGUGAGGGCUCUAUUUAGUUGGGAUCUAGUCAGCACUGAAUAUUGCUCUGUAGUCCAAAUUAAAACGUCGUCUGCAUAAAGUGCGUUAUUGACCGAAAUGAGGGCUGGGAGGUCAUUCAUGAAGAUUAGAAAGAGAGUGCAGCUAAGGACUGAACCUUGUGGUAGUCCUUCUUCCAAACGUUUUUUUACUAGAGAUGGCACCUUCGAAUCGGGUUUGGAUGGUUCUGUUUUUUAAGAAUGCUCUGAUCCAGAUGUACAUUUUUCCAUGGAUGCCAAUUUAUUUUUUUCAUCUUCAAAAAUAGACCUUUUCUCCACACUCUAUCAUAGGUUUGCUGCAAAUCUAUAAAUACUGCUGUAGUGUGGUUGUUUUCAUGAAACCCUUCUACUGUGUCCUGGAUAAAACGAAAGAGGUGGUCUUCUGUUCUACUUGCUUUCCUGAAGUCAGCUUGUGCAUUGUGGAGUGAGCAAGUACUUUCUAGCCACCAAUGAAGUCUGUUAUUGAUCAUUUUCUCUGCCAUUUGGCCAAUGUUGGAUGUUAGAGAUAUUGGUCUGUAACUUUUUGGGUCUCCAGGUGGUUUAUUUUUCUUUAAAAUGGGUAUUAUGUUUGCGGUUCUCCAUUCCUGUGGUAUGUCUCCAGUUUAUCCAUGUAUGGUUGAUAAAGUUAAGUAUACAGUUUUGGGCCUGUGGUCCUAGUCCCCGGAUCAUUUCAUUUGUUAUUUUAUCGGGUCCAGGGGAUUUUCUUGACUUGAGGCUUUUUAGGGCAGUAUUGAGCUCAUGUGGAGUGAAGGAAGUGUCAAAGAUCUGACAGUUGACUGAUGGAGCUUUUUCUUCUUUCUUUAAGAUAUUACUGAAGGCCUGGUCCAGUUGUUUUCUUGGCUUUGACUUGUUAAUGCUGGCAAAAUAUUUAUUGAAGGUUUCAGCCUUUUUAAGGUUUUCUGUUAUUAUGUCGUCAGUGCCUUUUAUAGGUUGGGGGUUUGUUAUUUGUUUCUUUCCUGCUAGUCGGUGCAGAAGGGUCCAGGCCUUUCGACCAUCCUUGUUUAGAUCUAGUUGUUCACAUGUUGUGGUCCACUUUUUCUUUUUUCUGUUUUAAUUUUGUAUCUUAUAAGCCCUGUCAAUUUGUUGUACGUUGUCUUGUUCUCUCUAGUAGGGUUUUUUUUCUAUAGUCUUCCUGGCCAUGUUUCUUUCUUUUACUAAUUUAUCUAAUUCAGGUGUCCAAAAAGGUUUGUAUUUCUUAACCUGGCCUCGAGGGAUGUGUUUGUUUGUUUUGCAGCUUGUACGAUGUUGGAGACUAUAGUUGUGUAGGUUGAGUUGACGUCUGUCUCCAUUAUGUUUGAUAGUCUUGUGUCUGUUUCUUGUGAAAAAGCUGCCCAGUUAGCUUUUUUAUAAUUCCAUCUAGUUGUUUUGCUGGAAUGGUAUCUACCUGGCGUUCCAAUAUUGAAGAGUAUAGGCCUGUGUUCACAACCUAUGUCUUCAAGUACUGUUAUUUUAGAAGAGUCAGUAAUGUCUGUAGAGAUAAAAGUUAGGUCAGGUCUACUAGUUGUGUUGUGUGCUCUGUGGAGGAAAGUUGGAGGUGUAGUUUUGUUUUGCAGAAGUUGUAGGUUAGAGGCAUUUGUUACAUCCUCUAUUUCUUUGCCACGCUUGUUGUAGUGUGGGUAGCCUAGGGAAGGUGUGUGUGCAUUAAAGUCGCCAGCUAUUAUUGUCCUUGUGUAGUGUGGUAGUUGUAUGUCUAUUUCUGCUGUUGAUGAUGGUGGGCAAUAGUAGUUUUUGAUGGUGUACUUUGUUCCUCCUCUCCAAAGAAGUAUUUCCUGCGUGUCGAUGUCUGUAUUGUUCUGUAUUUGUUGUACUGUGGCUUGUGUGUCGUUUCUUAUGAGGGUCAUAAUUCCCUGGCAUUUGGUGCAAAGGCAUCUGUACUGUGUGUAGCCUGUGAUGUUUAUUUUUUCUUGGGCAGCAUCUUGUAUCUUGCAAUAGCGCUAUGUGUAUAUCAUGCUUCUUGAGUAUGUGUUGGAGUUCUGUUGUCUUGUUUUUUAGGCCUAAAAUGUUGAGUAGCAAAAGGUUUAGGUUUUUGCUGCUAGUCUGUUUUUUAUUUCUAGUAGCUGACUUAUCACAGGCAGACCUGUAAGAAACUGCCAUGAGUUCGUAUGGAUUUUUCGUUAAAAUCCUUGGUAUUUAGUGUAGGCUGGGUGUUUCCUCAGGCUUUUUUUUAAAUAUAUAGUCCCCGCAUUUGCAAGUCGCAUUGCAUGGUUAAAGGAUAUUCUUCAUUUCUCUUCUAGUUUUUAAGAUCUGAGUGAAACGGACGGACAAAAGGACAUUUUGUACAAAAGUAAUAUCGGCUUUACCCCUUACUGAGGCCACUAAAAAAUAUUAUAUGUAACUUUUUUGGUAAUAUAUUUUUUGCUUCUCUUUUUUCCCCAGGAUUCUUCCGCCUGCAAUGUAAUCUGCAAAUUGUUUGUUGUUUCAUUUUUUUUUAUUUUUCCUUGUGAUGUUCUGUUUACUUAUUAUUUCAAAAAUUAUUUCAAUAUUUCUGAUAAUAUAUGGAUAUGUCUUAUAGUUACUUUUUCAGUUGUAAUAUUUGUCUUCUUUUUAACGCUAUUUUGCAUAAGUAACAAGUUUAAAUAUGGUUCUGUUACUAUUUGUCAUAACAAACCAUGGCACUUUAUAAUUCUUGUUUGUCUGAAUAGUCCAAUGGUUAUUAUUUGGUCUUCAAUAUGUAAAGAACAGAUCCAAAGCUGCAAUUGUAAGACUUUCUUGAUUAUUUUGAUAUCCUUUAUUUUUACCAUUCCUUCUUUUGCCCUAACAUUUGUAGUUGUGACAUUAGUAACUUACAUAAUGUACCAAGUUGAGUCUGUCUACACUAUUGUAUCUGGUUUGGCAACUUUUCUGGUCUAUGUACAAGAUUACGAAAGUGGUUUGAGGAAAAAAAACGAACGAUGUUUGAAGAUAAUUACAGAAAAAAUUUGGGAAAAUAUCUCAGACAACAAAUUGAAUGAAGCGUAUUUACAUUUUUAUGAUGGAAAUAAGCCAUCUAAGAAUUUCAAAAAUGGACAAUUAGAAGUUGAAAAUUGCAUUCCCUUUAUUAUAAAGGGUACAAAGAUCUAUGUUAAAGACUCACUGGUCUAUCACUUUCGACGUUAUGAAAAGUUAAUAAUUAACCUCGUCCUGGCGGCAUCAUUUAUUGUGAUAAUAAUUAUAUUGGUGAUAUAUAUUGGAACUUGGGAGUUUAUUUCACCUACUAAUCAAAUGUUCUUCACAAGCUUUAUUGGCUUACUACCUUACCUCUUCAAAAUAGUCUUCUAUAAAGGCGACAGCGACUGUGAUAUAUUCUUUGAAACAGAAGAAUUCAAUGAAAAACUUAACAGAUAUAAAGAACAAUUUGAAGAGAUAAGAGAAGAAAAUAACCAAAAUGCGAGAAAUAGACAAGAAUCUAUUCAUCAGAGAAGUAUUGGAGAAAGAAAUUCCCAUUUAGAAGGAAAUGAAGAUAUUGAAAAAGGCAGCACUGACAAAAAAACGAAAAAGUUAAGAAACAAAAGUCAGCAGGUAAACCAAUACCUGAAUCUAACGUACCAAGACGAAACUAAUCCUUUGGAUCCUAGUCAAAAACAAAGAUAUUCCUAAGCACACUGGCGGAUCGAGGGUUGGGGUUGAAUUGUCCUAGUUUUAUGAAGAAAUCAUAGUUUGUGAACAGAAUUAGUUAAAUAUUUAUAUAAUAUAAGCUACUUAUUAAUAUUUGAAACCAUUUAUACAUUAUGUCAAUCGCCCUCCGCCCAAUCGUACAAACUAAUACUUUGUCUUGUGUAUUUUAGUUAAGAAAUUUAAAAAAAUGUCACUAAUAUAAUUCAUAUAUGCUAUAAAUUAAAUUCUUAUAUCGAGUCGUCACACCCCUAUUCUUUAAUGCAAAAUACAAUCAUGAACAGAAAUUUAAAAAAGGAGCGAAGACUCUUACUCUAUAAUCAUUUUCACUCAAACGCCCCAUUUCAGACAAAAGCAUGACGUUUUAAAACAGAAUAGUCAAAUAUGGCGACAGAGUUAAUGUAAUUGCACAUGAAUUUAUCAUAAGUAAGAAAGACUUUGUUUUGGAAAAUGUAGAAUUCCUAUGAAAAUUUUCAGUAUAAUAGUAACAAUUGAGAUGAUUUCUGAAUCGAAAUUUUUUUUUUCAUUGUCUCAUUUUUUUAAAACCUUUACUUAUCUGAUAUUUUUCUAUUGCAUAAAUACAUUUGGUACUAUAACUCACAAAUUUAUGCUUGAGGACCUAACAAUGCAACAAAUUCAGAGUAGAAUCUGAUUGGUCUACUUCAUUUCUCCUCCGUUUUCCGAAAUUUGUUUGUCCAGAGCAUCGAAUCAUAGUUCUAUAGCAAAACGAAGUUACAAACAGGUCCAUUGGACAAGUGUAUCACUUAAAAUGAACUUUUAAAAAAAAAAUAUUAGUUUUCGAAUAUAUUUUUUUUCGGCGGCGAUCCUCAAAGCCUUAAUCUAAAUCUGUGGGGUAUCUUAUCUUUACAAGGAACAACUUGGUUGUAUUUGCAAAGUAAGAAAGGACCUACAAAUUCAUAUAUGAAUAUUAUUUAAGUACAAAAUUAUUCAAAAGGUUCUUGAAAAUUAGAUAUUUUUUAGCGUUUAACCAUCGUUCUGUUGAUGUCUUAUGCUGACCAAAACAAGACUACAAUAAGAGGUCUCGCUUAACAUGAAGAUAAUAUUACGAUAAAUACCUAUAAUAAAGAUAUACUUACGUCACUUGUGCAUCAAUUGUCAGUCACACUUCAGGAUCGGCCCCUUGCCCCCAAUGAUCUGCAUUUUAAAAUGGGGUGCAUAGUGAUAUCAGGAGAAUGCGUUUCUGAAGAUGAGAAUGCAAUAGAACGGUUGGCGUCGUGGCUUAGCACCGUACCCCCAGAGGGAAGCUUGCAGAGCUUCCCCAGGCCCCCUAACUGUCAAGAGAAAAGACACCAACAUGACUGUUUUUUGUUAUUUGUAUUUUUUGCCUUAGAUUGAGAAACACUGCUUUUUUAUUCUCAUAUAUGUGUGUGGAAAUGCGUUUAUACAUAGGGUUAGGGUUUACUCAAAAGUUCUGGAUCCCCUAGUACCUCAGCAUCUAUGUCUUCAUAAAUUUAAUGUAAACAUUAAAAAACCACUAUGUAGUCUGAGUAGUCAGUCAAUCCCAUUUACUUCAGCCUGGUAAAACUGGAUAUAAUAGAGAUGUAGGAUGGACUUAUACACGCACAGAUAAGGAAAGUAUACAUAUAAGAUAUGUUUGAAAGAAACUGACAAGCUAAGCAUACACUCAUGGAAUUGUUUUUUUUUUCACUGCAAUUUUUAAUAUCUUAAAUAAAUAUUCAUGCGAAUGCCCAAACAAGCUAAAAUGUAAUUUGAAUGUUUCUUUUUAAUGUAGAGUAUUUUAUUUAUUGUACACGAGUAUACACUUAGCUGUCUUAGCGAAAAUUUAAAACAUUGUUUAAUAUUUUGGUUUGUUAAUUAAAGUUGCCUUUUCAAAUAAUUUUCCAAUAAUAACGUUAUAAGUAAAGUGAAUUCGUGAAUAUAAAAAUUGUAUGAAUGUUGCUAUUAAAAUAGCUAAUCGAUAUUGAGAACUAGAUCUAGAGUCUAAUAUAGUUUUCGACUUAAAUUAAACUUUGAUUCAAUGGUUUAAAUUAAAGAAAAUACAUCUACUUUCACUAAACAUUUUUGAUUUCUAAGUUAAAGAUUGAAUUUAAGGAUUAAAAAGCUUAUUUAUAAUGUUUAGGUUGGAAUAUUUAACAUCACCCAUAUAGAGUCUCAUGUAUGUCAACACGGUUUGCAACUAUAGCAAACGAAUGUAUUUUAAAAUGCUAUAGAAAAUGCUUUAGUCUAAUUCUAUCUAAAUAUUAAAUAAAUGGACAAUAUUUACUAUGUUCAUAUGUUAAAGUAUAAAACGUAUUUUUGUAUCAUUUCAGUGUUGAAUUAGAUCUAGGGUUUGAGAGAUUUUAAGUUCUGCGUAUUAUAUAUAUAUAUAUAUAUAUAUAUAUAUAUAUAUAUAUAUAUAUAUAUAUAUAUAUAUAUAUAUAUAUACGCGUCCAUAUCUCUAUUGUUAUAGUUAUAAAAUUAUAUAUAGUUAUAUUGUCAUAAAGUUAGCAAUUAUAUUAUUGGUUUGAUUAUGUGGUGUUUUAAUGUUGUUUUUUAAUAAACGUGUAUACAACA